GUCUCCUCAGGAUGCUGGUCUGAAUGCCUCUCAACCUAUCCCCUCCUCUCUCCCCAGGUCUCCUCAGGAUGCUGGUCUCCAGGAUGCUGGUCGUACAGUGUCUGAGGACUGCCAGGGGGAGAUGUUGGAGUACCGGUGGGCCGGGGGGGACAAGGGAAGCACAGUGGACGGACUCUGUCAGAGCGCGCUCCAGACCUUGAUCCAGUCAGCUGAUCCUGGAUCAGACUACAGGAUAGACCGGGCCCUGAACGAAGCCUGUGAGUCUGUUAUCCAGACGGCCUGCAAACACAUCCGCAGCGGGGACCCCAUGAUCCUGUCUUGCCUGAUGGAGCACCUGUAUACAGAGAAGAUGGUGGAGGACUGUGAAAGCAGACUACUGGAGCUGCAGUACUUCAUCUCUAGAGACUGGAAACUGGACCCCAUCCUGUAUAAGAAGUGCCAGGGUGACGCUGCCCGGCUGUGCCACACCCACGGCUGGAAUGAGACCAGCGAGCUGAUGCCACCUGGUGCCGUGUUCUCGUGCCUCUAUCGCCAUGCCUACCGCACCGAGGAGCAGGGACGACGGCUGUCUCGUGACUGUAAGGUAGAGGUACAGAGGAUCCUCCACCAGAGGGCGCUAGAUGUGAAACUAGACCCUGAUCUCCAGAAGCGCUGUUUGACUGACCUGGGGAAGUGGUGUAGUGACAAGACUGGCACGGGACAGGAGUUGGAGUGUCUGCAGGACCACCUGGAAGACCUGCUGUCAGGGUGUGGAGAGGUGGUGGGCAACCUGACAGAGCUGCAGUCUGAGGACAUUCAUAUUGAGGCCCUGCUGAUCCGGGCCUGUCAGCCUGUCAUCCAGUCUCACUGCCAUGAUGUAUCUGAUAACCAGGUGGAUACAGGGGAUGUGAUGGAGUGUCUGGUUCAGAACAAACACCAGAAGGAGAUGAACAGCAAGUGUACCGUAGGAGUAACACACUUCCAGCUGAUCCAGAUGAAGGACUUUCGUUUCUCCUACAAAUUCAAGAUGGCGUGUAAAGAGGACGUGCUCAAGCUCUGCCCCAACAUCAAGAAGAAGGUGGAUGUAGUGAUCUGUCUCAGUACUACAGUGAGGAAUGACACUCUGCAGGACGUCAAGGAGCAGCGUGUCUCUCUCAAGUGUCGGAAACAACUCAGAGUAGAGGAGCUGGAGAUGUCAGAGGAUAUUCGUCUGGAACCUGAGUUGUAUGACGUGUGUAAGACGGACAUCGGGCGGCUCUGCUCCAACGUGGUGUUCGGUAACGCUCAGAUGAUGGAGUGUUUAAAGGAGAGGAAGAAGCAGCUGUCUCAGCAGUGUCACCAGAGGGUGUUUAAACUACAGGAGGGAGAGAUGCUGGAUCCAGAACUGGACUACCAGCUCAUGAGGGUCUGCAAGCAGAUGAUUAAGCGGUUCUGUACAGAUGUGGAUGCUAAGAACAUGCUGCAGUGUCUGAAACAGAACAAGAACUCUGAACUGAUGGAUCCCAAGUGUAAACAGAUGAUCACCAAGAGACAGAUCACACAGAACACAGACUACAGGUUGAACCCAAUAUUGAGAAAGGCCUGUAAGGCAGACAUCCCUAAAUUCUGUCAGCCAAUCCUGAACAAGGCCAGUGAUGACAGUGAACUGGAGGGCCAGGUGAUUGGUUGCCUGAAGCUGAAAUACGCCGACCAGCGUCUGUCUCCAGACUGUGAGGACCAGAUCAGAGUGAUUCUUCAGGAGUCGGCGCUGGACUACAGACUGGACCCCCAGCUACAGAUCCACUGUGCU